AUGCCUCAGCCAGACCCAAGUACAAGUUCACAUGAUAUUGCACCGAAGCGUCUCCACGUUUCCAAUAUACCGUUUCGUUUUCGUGAUCCUGAUCUUAGAGUAAUGUUCGAGAAGUUUGGACCUGUGAUGGAUGUAGAAAUAAUAUUCAACGAACGCGGAAGUAAAGGUUUCGGUUUCGUAACCAUGGAAAAGGCAGCAGAUGCAGAGAAAGCAAGGCAGGAGCUCCAUGGAUCGAUGAUUGAGGGAAGAAAAGUUGAAGUUAAUUGUGCUACUGCUCGUAUACACACAAAAAAGGCUAAAACAGUAUCAGGGGUAUUGGAUCAAACGGUGGCCGCUUCUGCGCUGCAGAACGCCGCUUUGGCUCAAGUACAGGCAACACGAGCGCUAUAUAUGCGCAAUCCUUUGGUGGCACAGUCUUUGCUGGCUAGAGGAGGCUUAAUAACUGGAUUACCGCAGUCUCCGAUGUCUCUAGCGUUGGCAGCAAAUCCUCUUGCUGCCGCUCAGCUACAUGGACAGCAGUUCUUGCUGGGUGCGGCAGGUCUCCAACAGAAUGCAGCUCUGCAGCAGGCGGCGUUCGCUGCCACUGACCCUACUACGGCUGCCCUGUUUAGUGAACAGGCCCGUCUUCAGCUGGCUGCGGCUGUGCAAGGUAAGGACAAUUUUCUUUCAAAUCCGGUUACGCGUAUUCCCACUUCGGCAGCGUCUCUUGGUGAGCAGUAUCUUGGACAAGCUCUCACUGCUGCCCUCCCUGCCUAUUCUAUCAACCAGGCAUAUCGGGGCAUCAACCGCUUCGCGCCCUACUAG